AUGGCUACACCAAGGAUAGACUACCGCUACAAAAUAAUUGUCUUAGGAGAGAGCGAUGUAGGUAAGACAUGUCUUCUCCACAAGUAUAAGGAAGAUGACUUCAAGCAGUCCUUAAUGACAACCAUCGGGGUGGAUACUGUUUCCAAGAACAUAGUUUUGAAUGGAAAGAAUGUCAUGCUCAACAUCUGGGAUACCGCAGGACAGGAGAGAUUUUUUUCGAUAACAAAAAGCUACUAUAGAAACGCAGAUGGGAUUCUCCUCAUCUUCGAUAUUAGCGAUGAGAGGACCUUCUCCUGCGUGGAUAGAUGGUUUGGACGUAUAAGAGAGGAGACGGGAAACGUUCCUUUGUUUCUUGUCGGGAACAAGAGGGACAAAGUAGACAGCACUACAUACUACGAAAUGGAAAGUAGAUUCAAAAGUAAGGCAGACGAAAUGAAGGCGCAGUACUACACCACAAGUGCCAAGACAGGGGAGAAUGUAAACAACAUAUUCGAAGACAUGGCUAUGAUUCUCCUCAAGAAGCAGGCAUCAGGUCAAAAGUGGGAGGCUGGAAGCCUUUGUAACUCCCCUGCUAGUGGGAUAAAUAGAAAGAUUAAUCGUAGAUGUUGUUAA